UUAUGCAAGCGUCGCCUGUGAAUGUCAUACUUGGAAGAAGAAGAAAAUGGCGGCAAAAUUUUGUUAGAUUCCUUUGUUGUGGUUGAGGUUGGACUCCCCCUGUAAAUUCUAAUAAAGUCAUUCAUGGCAUCCCUAUUUGGCGACGAUGGUGUGGACGACCUCUUCAAUGACAAUCUUCCCACGGACCCCGAUCAGUUGCCCAGCGACGGCGAGGGUGAGAAACUGUUUGCGGACGACGAGGAAAAUGCCGGAGACCCUGGUAGCCAGGAUGCCCAGAAAGUGGAGCCCAAGAAACGGGCGGUGAGGAAUCCCCGACCCCGGCUCACGGUGGAGACACUUCGCGGUCCCCGUGGAAUCCAGACCAUCGAGGAUUACUUCAAGGACAUCAAGUUCAAGGGCAAGGGGUAUGAGAAAAGCGAUCUAGACGAGGUGCUGCGACGCCUGCAGCACUGGGGUCAUCGAAUGUAUCCCACAUACACCUUCGACGAUGUGCUCAACAACAUAGAGCGGCUGGGCAAGAAGAAGCCACUGCAGGUGCACAUGACGCGCUAUCGUCUCGGCCAGCUGGAGGACAUGCGUGCCUACGAGGCGGAAGCCAUGAAUGAGGCACAGGAUGAUCAGCAGGAAGACGGCGGCGAUGAACCCUUUGAUGAGUUUGAUGCCCUGCUGGGCGAACAGAUCGCCAUGUCUAGACUGGCGCCGCGCACCCCGCACCAGAGGAAAAUGUCCACUACCUCGAGCAACAGUACGCUGGCCACUCCCUCGUUCUCACGGGGCAAUGCAGUGAUGUCUACGCCAUACUCUGUCGUAGAGGCUCCCACCUUCGACCGCAAAGGAGCUGCGGUGGCACCAACGUUCGAUCGGAAUGGAGCUCCAUUGGCUUCGCUGGACAUGAGUGACUACGGCCAGCCGCUGCCUUCUUCACAGCCUCCGACGCCAGCGGGAAAAAAAUUGUCCAACGAGCAGAUGGCCAGGAUUGCCGAGAACCGCAGAUUGGCGCAAGAGCGACUGAAGGCCAAGAAACUGCAAGAGACUCAAAAUGCUAGCUAGGGCAAAGUAUCUAGGCACCGUCAAAAUAUUUAUAAUAUAGUGUGUUAUUUUGUGUAAAGAGUAUCUUUUAAAAUAAAUAUAUAUUUUAGGCAUAACUUUUAACAAGA